UUUCACAACGUUUCACAACUGUGAAAUGAGUCGAGGAGUCUCGAGGACAGUUUACAAUUUCAUUCAAACAGAGUAGAUACAAGCAAUUCCAAUGACAGCGCUGGAGAGAGCGAUGAGCGAUUCCAACAAGCAAGAUAAUACUGUGUUUAGAUUUUGCACUUUUGUGGUCCUUCGAUCAUCAUCAUCAACAUCAUUCCUUAGUGUGUUUAGGUUUUGCACUUUUGUGGUCCUUCGAUCAUCAUCAUCAACAUCAUUCCUUAGUGAGGAGAAAGGAGAGCAGACCUGUAGUGCGGCAGGAAGGACAAAGUUAGACGGAAAGGAGGCUGCAAGGAGGGUCACGGAUGAACCGGAAGCUAUCCCAGCUUCUUCCCCCACCCGGAAAAUGAUGGCGUUCCUCCGACAAAUCCGUUCCCCUCCGCUCUCCUUCGUCCAGACCGUCGUGUCCCUCUGCCUGGCCGCCAUGGCGCUCGCGUCCUCCCACUGGUGCGUGGGCAAACAGAAGGUCCCCAAGCCCCUGUGCUCGCCCACCAAGCACAGCAAAUGCAUCCCGGUUCCCGGCGUCUCCAAUUCGUCCAGCAUUCAGUUCUCCUGGGAGACGGGAGACGACCGCUUCGUUUUCCCGGCCUUUCACACGGGCCUCUUUGUCACCUGCGAGGAGAACAUCUACACGGACACAUGGGAGGAGAAGUGUCGAGGGUUCUACACGUUGACUCCAGGAUCCGAAAAAGCAAUGAUGUGGUUGUCGCUGUCCCUGGAGCUCAUGUACGUGGCUCUGCUGUUCAUCAGCUGCACCCUGCUCUCCGUGCAGUUGUGCAUCAGGGCCUGGUUCCCGUCCACGCAGCGCUGGGGUCAGCUGCUCAACGCUUUCGCCGCCGUUUUCACAGUCCUGGGAGGUCUGCUCGGGAUGGUGGGUCACAUGAUGUUCAUGCAAGUGUUCCAGACUACAGCGUCCAUGGGCCCGGAGGACUUCAAGCCUCACAGUUAUGGCUACUCCUGGGCGUUCUAUGUGGCCUGGUUUGCCUUCACUGUCUGCAUGUCGGCCGGCGUCUCCACCCUGAACAACUACACCAAGAAGGUCCUGAUGGUGGGACCCAGACUGAACUCCAGCCUCAACCCCUUCAACUUCAACUUCAUGGGUUUGCUUCCGCCAGCUCCUUACUACGCCGCCCCGUACUCCGGCGUCAGCCGCACUCAUCCCCGGUCUCGCUACCAGAUCUCCCACUUGUCCCCCUACUACGCGCCCCCGUCGACUAAGGUACCAUCGCCCGCUAAGACCCCGCGCUCCAUCCUUGUACCCCACUCUGUAUCCUUUCCUGUGUCCGCUUCCUCUUUACAUCCUUCGUCCUUCCGGGCGCCGUCUCACUCAAAUAGCUCGCCUUUUGUCGUCCACGGACCCCGAACGGCCCCCGGUUACGCAACAGAGCAGGACUGCAGCCUUCUUUAACCUUUUGGGGUCCUUCGGGCCACUCUAACUUGAAGUCCAACUCUUCUUCUUGGCUAUUUUCUGCUAUUCCGUACAAUUGUCCGGAUGAUUAUUAAAAAUGUGUCAAAAACGGGACAUUUCGAUUGAUUUUCUUUGUACUAGCGCUAGCUCGUAUACAUUUUAGAUCUUCGUUGUGGAGGGGGGGGUUUGUGGUGUUUUUCCACAAAUAUGCUGUCACCUUGUACAACUUCAUUGUUUUUACUGGCCAAUGAAAGUCAGACCCUGGAGGUCACGGAUGUACCAUCCCCUCAGGUUAGGGCUGUCCUAUCUAGUAUUUAAACAUGAACUGAUGAUACCUUCUUGGAUGAGAGAUGACGAAGGGGGGGGGGCGUUUCCCAGUGCGUUUCCCAAGUGCGUUUCCCAGUGCGUUUCCCAGUGCGGUUUCCCAGUGCGUUUCCCAAGUGCGUUUCCCAAGUGCGUUUCCCAAGUGCGUUUCCCAAGUGCGGUUUCCCAAGUGCGGUUUCCCAAGUGCGGUUUCCCAAGUGCGGUUUCCCAAGUGCGGUUUCCCAGUGCGGUUUCCCCAGUGCGGUUUCCCCAGUGCGGUUUCCCAGUGCGGUUUCCCAGUGCGGUUUCCCAGUGCGGUUUCCCAGUGCGGUUUCCCAGUGCGGUUUCCCAGUGCGGUUUCCCAGUGCGGUUUCCCAGUGCGGUUUCCCAGUGCGGUUUCCCAGUGCGU